AUGGUGCCCUAUCCUUGUUUCAAUCCCCGUCACCGUCACGGAGCUGAGAUCUUCGCCUUCACGGUGAAGAAGUUGGAACGCCUGGGCGUCUCUGGCGUGGUCAUCGAAGAUAAGCCACCUGGCGGACACGGGACGACGGGCCUGAAACAAAAUUCCCUUUUUGGCACUGAGAGGGUGCAGCUCCUCGAGGAUGUUGAGGUCUUUUGUGAGAAGAUCCGUUCGGGUAAAGCCGCCCAGCUUACCGAAGACUUCAUGAUCUUCGCGCGCUUAGAGGCCCUCAUUGCCGGUUUGGGCGAGGAGGAGUGCUUCCGACGAGCGAAAGCAUAUGUCACCAAAGGUGGUGCUGAUGGCAUCAUGAUCCACUCCAAGGAAAAGCAUGGGGAUGACAUUUUCUCUUUCAUGCGCCGGUGGAGAGCAGAGUUCCCCACUGUGCCGGUCAUUGCGGUGCCGACCACCUACAAUCACGUGACAGAGGAUGAGCUGCAGGAAGCCGGUGUGAAUGUUUGUAUCUAUGCGAACCAACUGCUUCGAGCUUCAUACAUGGCCAUGCUUGACACAGCUACCAAGAUCCUGGCAGCAGGACGUUCAAAGGAGGUCGACGGUCAAAUUCUUCCGACCAAGCAGAUGAUUUCGCUGAUUGACGACAAUACGGCAAAAUCCAGCCGUCAAAUUUUUGAAUUGACAAAGGACCCAAAACACACUGCUGUUUGA